CUUGCCAGUUUCUUUUCAUUGGUGUGUUUCAAGACAUUGCAAUGAACUCCACCAAAGAAACUGCAGUCCCACUCUGGAACACAAUGAUUCCUGUUAUUUAAUUGUGAAUCAUACAUUCCACAAUUCUGGAAACUUCUGUGUCAGUGUUGGAGUGAGGAAUGAUGUCAGUAACACUAAUACAUCCCUUGUGCUGCAAAUCCCUGAUGAUGCAUACCCUAUAAAUUCAGCAAAAAGGAGGAGCAAAGACAAGUUAGCAACAGGAGCUGUCAUUGCUAUCUCUGCCAUGUGCCUUUUUAAAGUUGUUCCUAUUGUCUUACUUGUACGCAGAUGGAACCAUAGCAAAAGGGACAAGACAGAAAAGGCAAACUUUGAUUUUAGAGACAGCGAUGACAUAAGUUUCUCCUCUGUGCAAUUGUUUGAAAGACCUUGUUUUCCUUGGUGUGGGAAUAGAACAUCAAUUAAUGCAGAAGGUGUACCUCUUUGUGAUCAUGCUGCUGGUAACAAACUUUACACACUAUAAUCUUUUCAGUGGAUUGGAAUAUCUCCCCAGUUAAUGAGGGAACCUAAUUAAUUUAUAAUUUGGUUAUAUCAACUAAGCUGAAAUUGUAAAUUGCCCACCAAAAGGAGUUAAAAAACACUUUAUGAUGACCAAUUUACAAUUUCAACUUAAUUGAUAUAACCAAAUUACCUUGUUAUGCCCACUGAUGCAGCACCAUAGUUUCUUUACUAAUUAGUUUAUAAUUCAUACAACAUGGGAAGGAAUAAGAUUGUACCAUGAGGGUAUGAAAAGUAUACUUUUUACUGAAUGGAUUGAGAAAUGGAAAUUGUUGAAACAUAAAAUUGGAUACCUUAUUUAUCUCUACUGAACUCUUUCCAGAAUUGUUACUUGAGAUUAUUUGUUUUUUACAUCUACUGACACCAUCUUGAUAUGUUUAUAGCACAAAUAAUUAUAUAAAGUUGUCUAAAUUGAAUUACUGGUAAAUAUUAAGAUUUUGAUGUAAAUUGGUUGCCUAUUUGGGUCAGUGUUGGAUAAAUUAACACUAUUCUGUGUACAUACUGUAAUUAAUGUUGGUUAUGAAGUAUACUAUUCAAUAACCUAUUUUGGAUAAAGCCAGAACAAGGUAGUCUGGGUAGAGAGAAAACUCUUUAAUAUAUUUUUUCCAAUCUCGAAUUUGAUUUAACUAUAGGCAAUAAAUCAGUAAAAGAAAGUAUAAGUAUAAAUUGCUGUAAAGCAUCAAGACAUCACAAAUCCCAUUUUGUAGUUAAAAAAAAAGAACAAAUAAAGUGGUUCUUUUGUUAGU